AUGACUGAAUCUGCUUUAGACGAAAUUUCCCACAAGGGAGAUAUUGUGCUUGGUCCACAUGAUGAAUUUAUCGGAAUAGAGUCAGAUGGAGAAGCCUAUAAAGAUGCGUUAAAAUACGAGAGCUUUGAUGAAAUUCCUGAUGUUGAAAUUAUGCCUCCACUUUCCAGUGUGGACAAACAGUUUCAAAAUCGCGUCUUCCUAACUGGCUUUAAAACUGAUUCCUGGACAGAGGAGCACUCAAUAUAUAUACUGACAGAAUUUGUUCCAGCAAAUGGUGCAGAUGUAAUUUUUUGUGCUAUUCAGCCUAACGGAAAUCUUUAUAUUGGGUCCUCCAUUCCAACCUUUUUAUUCCAAGAUCUAAAUUAUUUUAUGCGAACUCGAGAAGGCAUGAAUGUUGAGAUUACUUCUUCGAAUUUCAACCGAACUGUACAAAAUGGAUCUGUCUUGGGUCAGGGAAUGGAAAGCCUGCUUCGAAUUAUGACGGGCAUAUACGCACCAACAUUUUUUACAGAUAGAUCCUGGCCUGACAGUAUAAAAAACGACUUUGCUCUACAACUACAUCGCUUUAUGUCUGCGCUCACCGAUACCCGAUGGAAGAUGAGCUCAAAAACUGUUCUUUAUGUCCCAAUGGAAGGCAUUAACCAUCCACCAGCUGAUCAGAUUAAAGAUAAAGAUUUAAUUAGUCGACUCGAGAUGAUUACUAUUCAUUGGACUCGUCAGAUCAAAGAGGUUCUUAGUUCACAAAGCACACUAGAUGAUGAUGAAAGAGCAGGACCUCUGGAUGAGAUUGAAUUCUGGAGAAAUCGAUGUGAUGAUUUGCUUGGGAUCAGCAAACAAUUGGACAAUAAGAAUAUCCUUACGAUUGCUAAGACGCUAACCUUAGCAAAGUCUUCGUACAUAGCUCCAUUCAUCAAACUCUCUGAGGAGAUUAAAAACACUUCUAAAGAAGCCCAAGAUAACUUGAAAUUCCUGAUCACAAUGAAGGAUACUUUCAUCAACCUAACUGAACUUACUCCAUCUCAAAUUCCAUCUAUCUUACCCGAUUUAAUAAAUCAGAUUCGUAUGAUUUGGACCAAUUCAAAAUACUACAAGUCAAAGGAAGUGAUUACUGGUCUUUUCCGAAAGGUUUCAAACGAAAUUAUACAAAGAUGCUCUCAUAUUAUCUCUUUGGAUGAUAUAUUUGAUGGUAGAAUUCAUUCGGCAUCCCUUCAAUUGCAAGACUGCAUAAACUGCUGUGAGAAAUAUAGAACCAUCUAUUUUGAGUUGAAAGAGCUUCAUUUGCAGUUCUCAGAUGCACCAUGGGAUACUGAAGACGGUAAUAUAUUUGCUCAAAUUGAUGCAUUUAUUAAGAGAUGCAAGGAUUUACUUGAGAUUUGUGAAGGCCAGGCCGAUUUCGGUCGUUUUGUAGAAGGUAACAAGGCCGAGAUGCCAAUAUUUCCAGGUGUAAAGGGUCUGGAAGUUGUAACAUUAAUUGUUCAAAUUGAGAAUAUUUUUGCCAAGAUGAUCGCCAAUCUCAGCGAUAAGAGAUCUGUGAUCCUAGAUAUCAAAGCGACCACAUGGCAUGAUCAGUAUAAUCGUUUUUGUAGUGGAGUUAAGGAUCUUGAAAUCAUGAUGAAGAACGCAAUCAAUAUGGCAUUUGAAACGGUAACGACAAUUCAGCAAGGUGUUGAAGUCCUGGAUAUAUUUGCCCACCUUCAGAAACGAGAGGCAAUUCGACGAACAUUAGAAGGUAGCGCCCGCAAAAUUAUCGAAAUGUUUUUUGAAUGCGUCUCGAGAACGAGACAGGAGCUCGUCAUGCGUCCUUUUACAGGACUUCCAAGACCUCGUGAAUCAAAAUACGCCAUUAAUGUUAUAUUCUGGCGAUAUUUGAGACGUCGUCUUAGCUUAAACUUAAAGCAACUUGAUCUCGCCUUUUUCCUACAACCAAUUGCUAUCAUUCUUGAAGAAUAUAGAGGAGUCUAUGAAGAAAUCUGUCUAAGUAUAGAGGAAAUGACUGGAAAGAUGUUCAAUGACUUCGUUGCUACCAUUGAUACGGAUCCGUUGAAAAGCUUGGAGAUCCCUAUUCUCACUCGAAGUAUAUUUAAGCCGGAGUAUCUAGAGGCUACAUUCCCCGGUAGUGUACUAAGUUUGACCAAUGAAUUGGAUCAGUGGCUAAAUUUGGGCAUGGAGAUUCCACACUACUCAUCGGAGACACAUAGACGCCGGUCUGAGCUGAGAUAUCUUCGUGAAAUUGUUCUCGUAUUGACUCGUGAGUAUAACCGCAUAGCGAGGAUUCUCAAUUCUGAAGAGAAGGCUCUCUUCCAAGAGCGUAUUAGAGUUCUCGACAAGAAGCUGGUACCUGGUUUUGUGAAAGUUCAGUGGCCAGUCAAGUCUAUGGUUGAGUUCUUCGUUAAUGACACCAGACUGCAUAUUUGCAGUCUUCAAGUCAAGGUCGAUGAGUACAAGAUUUCAAACGCAGAUAUUAGGAGAAAUUGUGAAUCUAUUGCUAAGACCCUCCUAAUAAAGGUUGAGUCGGGCCGAAUUUACGAAAAUGACGACUUUAAUGUGGAACAAAUAAAACACAGAGCGAAGACGUCUGAAGCUCUAAUUACUCUACAUAACGAAAUUAUCGAGAAAUUGACGAAAGUGAAGGAAACUUUUGCUUCGGAGGUAAUAGAAGUUCAAACCCGCUGGUACUCAUACGUAGAACGUGUGGAUCACUUCUGUCAAGAAGCUUUUAGAUUGAAUGUCAAAUCUUCUCUGGGCGAAUUGAGACAGGUUAUCAAUGGUGAUGGAAGAAAUGAUCCCAGUCCAUUCUACAGAAUCAUUCUAAGCUUGGAUGGUUCAUCCUUGGUUUUUAUUCCAUCGGUUCCUCAACUCACGGAUGUUAUAAUAUCGCUCGGUGGUUUGAUCAUUGAAUCCUUUGCCGAAAUUCCCCGUCUAACUGACAUUUUAACCAAGAAUAAACGCACCACCAAACAGUCAAUUGCGACAUCAGUCCUUGAGAAUGAGGAGAUUAUUAAGAUUCAGGAGAGCAUCAAGAAGGGUACUACGGACAUCGCAAAGCCAAUCCAGGAUCCCCUCUCUUAUUGGGAUAAAUUCCGGGAGAUCUGGGAGAAGUCUAAAGAUGAGGUCAUUGAACACUAUCGUGCCGUCAAAAUGGAAGCUCUUACCAUCAAUGAUGACAUCGCCAGAUACGCUGAAGUAAUUAACAAGGUUCAAGAAGCAGAAGCAAUGGUGACAGUACGCUUUCUUCAAUUGGAUUUCAGUCUGCUCAAAAAUGCCAUUGCAGCCCAUUGUAGAGAAUGGCAAACACGAUUAAUUAACCUUCUAAUGGAAAUGACAGUAGAGGAUCUCGGUGCAAUUUACGAUUACAUGAAUGAAAUGACAACUAGACUUUCCCAUGUGCCAGAAAAUCUAUCAGAACUUUCUGAGGCCAUGAGUUUGCUGGAGAAGGUGCAAAGCGAAGAGAAGGAUAUGGAGGCUAAGUUUGCGCCAAUAGAAGAGCAGUUUGCCAUUCUGGAUAAGUGUGAAGUGACUUAUGAUACUGCAAUUUCUACCAGAAGAAUGAAUCUCUACAGCGAUUGGUUAGCUUUCAAGGAUACCGUUUUCAGUUGUGAGGAGUUGAUAAGAAAAACGCGAGACAAAUUCAAAAUGAAUUUACUUGGAGAUUUGGAGAGAUUGAGGCAACAAAUCAAGGAGAUAUUGGUGGAAGUGCAAACCACCAGUUACCGUGCUCUUGGCCCCCCUCCGGAUGAGGCUUUAGCAGCGUGUCAAUCAUUCCGAGAUCGACUUACCGUCUUACUGGGGAAGGAGGAUGAACUACGAAACGGCCUACACUUAUUCAAAUUGGAACAGCCUCCUUGCAAGGAGUCUGCUCUUAUUCAGAAGGAACUGGAACUUUUGGAAGAAAUUUGGACUCUGAAUAAGGAAUGGGAGGAAAAUUGGAUGCAGUGGAAGUUGGGCAGAUUCUCCGACCUCCAAACAGACGACAUGGAUGAAUUGGCAAGCGCAAUGCUAAAAAUGAUCAGUCGAAUCAUACGAGAAAACAAGGUGAACAUGAGAUGUUUGUAG